CGCCGCUGCGCCCCGCCCCGCCCGGGAUCCCGGGAGCUGUCCGACCGCCUCGGUGCUGAUCCCGCCGCCGCCCACGGGCCGCGAGCAGCGUAGAGAGGGCACCACUAUGAGCGGGGGCGUCUACGGCGGAGAUGAGGUGGGGGCGCUCGUCUUUGACAUUGGCUCUUUCUCAGUCCGAGCUGGGUACGCUGGGGAGGACUGCCCCAAGGCUGACUUCCCCACCACUGUGGGGCUGCUGGCCGCAGAAGAGGGGGGCGGGCUGGAGCUGGAGGGGGAGAAAGAGAAGAAAGGGAAGAUUUUCCACAUCGACACCAAUGCCCUGCACGUGCCUCGGGAUGGAGCGGAGGUCAUGUCGCCCCUCAAGAAUGGCAUGAUUGAGGACUGGGAGUGCUUCCGAGCCAUUCUGGAUCACACCUACAGCAAACAUGUCAAGUCCGAGCCAAACCUGCACCCGGUACUCAUGUCGGAGGCUCCGUGGAACACUCGGGCUAAGCGGGAGAAGCUGACGGAGCUGAUGUUUGAGCAGUACAACAUUCCUGCCUUCUUCUUAUGCAAGACGGCCGUGCUCACAGCCUUUGCAAAUGGACGCUCCACAGGCCUGGUGUUGGACAGUGGAGCCACCCACACUACGGCCAUCCCUGUCCAUGAUGGCUAUGUCCUACAGCAAGGCAUCGUCAAGUCCCCCCUGGCAGGGGACUUCAUCUCCAUGCAGUGCCGGGAGCUCUUCCAGGAAAUGGCUAUUGAUAUCAUCCCUCCUUACAUGAUCGCAGCCAAGGAGCCUGUACGGGAGGGAGCCCCCCCAAACUGGAAGAAGAAGGAGAAGCUGCCCCAAGUCUCCAAGUCCUGGCAUAACUACAUGUGUAACGAGGUGAUCCAAGACUUCCAGGCCUCCGUACUGCAGGUGUCUGAUUCCCCUUACGAUGAACAGGUAGCUGCACAAAUGCCCACUGUGCAUUAUGAAAUGCCCAAUGGCUACAACACAGACUACGGCGCUGAGCGACUUCGAAUCCCUGAGGGCCUGUUUGAUCCCUCUAAUGUCAAGGGCCUGUCGGGGAAUACCAUGCUAGGAGUGGGUCACGUGGUCACCACCAGCAUCGGCAUGUGCGACAUUGACAUUCGCCCGGGUCUCUAUGGCAGUGUCAUUGUCACCGGUGGCAACACUCUGCUCCAGGGGUUCACAGACAGACUUAAUCGGGAGCUUUCUCAGAAGACCCCACCGAGCAUGCGACUCAAGCUCAUCGCCAGCAACAGCACCAUGGAACGCAAGUUCAGCCCCUGGAUUGGGGGCUCCAUCUUGGCCUCACUGGUGAGAAAGAAGAGGCAUGGCACUGGUAUUAGAAGAACAGAUCCUGACAGUGGCCGGGGCAAUGUCUAG